AAUGAACUUUAUGACGAAAAUGCGGUCAUUAGUUGAUGAUUCUGAUAAGGAAAACUGCAAUGAACUAAAUAAACCCCAUUUUGAAGCAGGCUUCAUACCCACCCUAUCUAACCCUCACCCCCAAACCGCCAGGGCCCAAAUAACCACAUUCUACAAAACCACCUCUCGUCCUGGUCCUAAAAUCCCAUCAUGCAGCUCCAGCCAGGCUCGAUCCCAAACCUUUAUAAGACCAGAUAGGAAUUAUUAUUGAAGAAAUAAGCCUGAGGGAAGAGAUCUUAGUUGUAAGACCUUUAGGGUUAGGAGGCAUGAGGAUUAUGAAGAUGACUAUCAGAUUAGGUCUUCCCUUCUGAGUGAGAUUUCGAAGAACACUGAAAGUGAAUAUAGUGGGUACCUUAGGACCCCGUUUAAGGAAAUCAAAUCUAUGAGAGCAGUUAACCAUAAUGAGGAAGAAGAGAAGCAGAAGAGUGAACAUAAUAAUGGCAAUGGAGGAAUUGUGUGUGAUGAAGAAGAAGAUAGCAGGAGAUUGUUUAAUACUGCAAGACCGAAAGAGACAAAGAAAAUUUCGAGGAAAAGUAUCCGACUUGGCAAAAAGAAGAAAAUUAAAAUCAAGAAAAAGGGUAAAAAGGAACAGUUGCUGAGUGAAAGAAGGAAGUAUAAGAAAAGAAUCAAAAUGCUACAUUUAGCAAUGAGGAAAGAAUUCGAGAAGUUGAUUAAAAAGAAAAAGUUCAAAAACAGCAAUAGACCUUUUAAAUGAAUUAUCCUAAACACCAUAAAUAAUCUUAAAUCCCGUAACACCACCAGUCGGUGUAAAACCCGUACUCUUCUCACAGAUGGUUGGAAGGUAAAAAUCUCAAAUCCAAAGCCCACCACUUCCACUCAUCGUUCUAAAUCCCGUUCAAAAAAUCCUAAGCCUGGUGGGCAAUCCCGGUCCCACUUAAACUCCAAUACAAAAUCCAUAAAAAAUUCCCGUUCAAAAUCAAGAACUCCCUCGAUUUCCUCGAAAUCUUCAAAACCACAAAAAUCAGAACAAAAUUUCAAAAAAUUAAAAAUUUCAAAAUUUCAAAAAAAAUUUCAAAAUUAA